GCACGUUCAAAUUGCGUUCCACAAGAGUUGCUGUUUACAGCGUGAACCGGAAUAACCCGUUGCUCCAAUUACCUAGAUUAAUUUGCUUGUAAAAACGGGCAAAUAAAUGCGAACGAAGCCGUCCCUUUUCCGGCACAACUUGCCAGACCGCUGGCCACGAUGGACAGCUGCCGCCUCUGCCUGGGGGACUUUUUGCAGCCACUUCCGGAGGACGCCUUCAGCAUCCACAGCAUGGAGGCCAAGCUGAGGACCGUGUUCACGUUCGAGAUUCCAUACAACAAACGCCUCUCCAAGUCCAUCUGUCCGGAUUGUGCCAUCACCGUAUCCAAGCUCUACAACUUUGCCACCACGGUGCACCAGAACCAGCAGCAGCUGCUGGACCAGAUCGACGACGAGGACUCGAUGCAAGCGGAACUGGGCGCCAUCAUAGAGAAGGCCGUCCGACGCUCCCCAAAGGAAAACUACAAACAUCUGUUCCGAGCGAUGAGCGAAGAAACGGCCAAGGUGCAGCAAGAUCCGGAAAUAUCGGUCAAGAUCACGCGCAAGCAAAAGUCGAAAAGCGCGGCCAUUCGAUUCGAGCGGAACUUGAUCAGCAGAUAUUUGGACAUGGUUUGCGACCUCUGCCACGAGGAUCAGUACACGUACCAGCGGCUGGAGACUCACUUCCGGCGACACCACGGACGUCGGGUGGCUUACGUGGUUUGCUGCGGCGAGAAGUUGUCCAGCGAGGGCAGGAUUUCGGAACACCUGCAGAAGCACAUGAAUGCGAUCAAGAGUCCGAAGGUGUCCGCCAAGGUCGGCACUUGGGAGCGGCGCGUCGAGUUGGCGUUCGGGUCGAUGUUGAGUGACUUUAAGAGGGAUUUGGAGGGUUACGAACCGUUGCCGGAUAUGGCCGCGGCGUUGAAAGGGGACAUUGAGGAGCAGAAAAAGAUGUACGACGUUCAGGAUUACCUGGUGCAGACGUACUUUACGCUGGACUGUGAGCUGUGUGGGCUGAAGAUAAGCAAUUUGAACGAUCGUCGGAUGCACUUCCGGCAGAAUCACCCGAGUGAGAAGUACUUUGUGUCGUGCUGUCGACAGCGGUUCUCGCCGAGGAUCAGCAUCAUGAGACACUUGAAUCGUCACUGGCGCCACGAGUCGGCCAGGGCCAAGGUCGUCAAACAGGUCAAAAUGGAAACGGAAGCGGUGGAGAGUGCGCGGUUGAAGCAGGACCAGGCGGUUUACGGACCGUUGAUGAACGAAUUCCGCGAGGAUCUCAUCGAGGGAGGGUUUACACCUCCUAAGAAGAUUCCGGAAACGAAGACCGUCGAGCGGAUGAAGCGACUUCAUCAGAUGCAAGAUUACCUGAUCGCAAAGCACACUCCGUUGAACUGUGAGCUGUGCGGAGCCGAGAUCAGUACGUACACUGGUCGACAAAAUCACUUCAAGAUCGGACAUCCCAAGGAAAAGUUUUACAUUCAGUGCUGUGGUAAGACCAUGUUCACCCGCCAGGGCGUCAUCGUACAUCUGCUACGCCACCGGAAGGGUCUUCCUACGACGGUAGAACCAUCCCCCACCAUCCGACAAGUUCCGGAAAAUUCCAAAGACGACGCCCUCAUCGAGGCGUUCUACAAGAUGGACUGCGAGCUGUGCGACUACACCGGAUCCUCCUACCUGGAUCUUCGGGUUCACUUCCAAAAAAGCCACCGCGAGGAAGGUUUCUUCAUAACCUGCUGCAAUCGACGGUUCAAAACAAAGUACCACAUCGUGGAGCACAUCAACAGCCACCGCAAACCCCCAACCAAGUGUGACCACUGCGAGGCCACCUUCUUCAGCGAGCGAUCCCGCUCGGUCGAGGAAAUCUUCCACUGCGAUCAGUGCGUCGAGUCGUUUCCCAGCCGGAACCUGCUGACACUUCACACCUACAAGCACGAACUGGUCGCGUGUGAGAUUUGCGGGGCCGAAAUGAAGCGGUGCGCACUCCGGGUUCACCGGUUGAACGUGCACAAGCUGGACGAGGAAAUUGUUUGUCACGUGUGCGCCCGGGUUUACCACUCGAAGUCGGUGUUCAACAAGCACUACCGGGAGGCUCAUCUGGGCAUUCGGAGGAAGAGCAAGCGGAAGAGCAGGGCUAAGAAGAAGCGACCGGCGCAGGAGGCGGUGACGGAUGGGGGGACCGAGUGGCAGGUUGAGGAGGAGUAG